UGAGGGGAUGGUGGAGGGGGGAGGGAGGGAGGGAAGGUGAGACGGUGAGGAGAGAGCAGGAGGAGGAGGAGGAAGAGGAGGAGGAGGGGAAGAGAUAAGUGAUCUAAAGGGGAGACGAUAGGACAAAAAAAGUGAUGAUGAUGAAUACAUUGGAAAGUUUUUGGCCCCGGCGAGGGUGUCAGAUUGAAUGGCCUGUGCGCAUGUGCGAAGGUGUCCAAACUGACAAUGCUGGUGAGAUGAAGAUAGUGUUGUUGCUGCUUCUGGGCUCACGGAGGACGACGAGAGGAAUCUACAAGCCGACAAGAUGAGAUCCAAGGCGAGGGCGAGAAAACUGGCCAAAAAUGACAGCGAGCCAGUGGACAGCAUGUACGACACAGAGGCCAACCUCCCGGGUUUAGCAGCCGGCAGCGGAGGCGGCGCCGACAGCCCAGAAGACGACGCUGAAGACGGCGUUAUCAACAUGUCCCCUUUGCCCUCACCGACUCCUUCCCAUCCAAACAACAACCACCACCACCUGCUGCACCCCCACAUCUACGCCUCCCACCACCACCACCACCACCACCUUCACAAUAACAGCAGCAGCAGCAACGACCAGGACUUCACCACACCCAAGGAGGGCUCGCCCUACGAGGCGCCUGUCUACAUUCCAGAUGACAUUCCCAUUCCCAGUGAACUGGAGUUGCGGGAGUCCUCGGUGCCUGGCGCCGGCCUCGGCAUCUGGGCCAAGACCCGCAUCGGUGUCGGCGAGAGGUUCGGUCUGCCCAACUCAAAGCACCACGGGGCCAUCAGCAAAGACAGCUCCUUCGGAUGGGAGAUGAUGAAUGACCAUGAAGAUGACUCCCCUGACAGCUGCAUCAAAAAGGUGGUGGACGAUAUGGGCAACGUCAAGUUUGCGCUGGACACAGGCCCGGAUGCCGCCAACAACAGCUGGCUCAAAUACGUCCGCUGUGCGCCGUCGUUUGAGGAGCAGAACCUUGCCGCCUGUCAUCUCACAGGAGACCAGAUUUAUUAUAAAGCUGUCCGGGACAUUGAAGCAGGGGAGGAGCUUUUAGUGUAUAUGAAGGACGGUAUUUUCCCCGAGGAAUCCAUGGCACCCAACCUACAAGACGAGCAGAUGUACCGCUGUGAAGACUGUGACGAGCUGUUCUCCUCGACACUCGAGCUGCGACGGCAUCAGAAGUACUCGUGCUCCAGCGCUGGCUCCAUCUUCGACACGUUGAGAGAAGACUUCAAACAGGAGCGCGAGGACAGCGACGAGCCCGUCCACGAGUGUAAAGACUGUGAGAAGAUCUUUCCGAAUGAGUACAGUCUGGGCCAACACAUGAUAGUCCAUACAGAGGAGAGGGAGUACAAGUGUGACCAGUGCCCCAAAGCCUUCAACUGGAAGUCCAACCUCAUCCGUCACCAGAUGUCACAUGACAGUGGCAAGCGCUUUGAGUGUGAAAACUGUGAUAAGGUACAGCAUACCCGGCACGUGUUCACAGAUCCCAGCAACCUUCAGCGCCACAUCCGCUCCCAGCACGUGGGCGCCCGCGCUCACACGUGUCCUGAAUGUGGCAAGACCUUUGCCACCUCGUCAGGCCUCAAACAGCAUAAGCACAUCCACAGCAGUGUCAAACCCUUUAUCUGCCCUGAUGGGCUGCAUCUUUUUGCUCCCCCAGGCGAGGUGUGCCACAAAUCCUACACCCAGUUCUCCAACCUCUGCCGCCACAAGCGUAUGCAUGCUGACUGCCGCACCCAGAUCAAGUGUAAGGACUGUGGACAGUUGUUCAGCACUACCUCCUCCCUCAACAAGCAUCGCCGCUUCUGUGAGGGCAAAAAUCAUUAUGGUUCCCCAGUAGGGAUGUUCAAUCCUGGCAUCCCCAUGAGCUCCAGCCCCAUAAUGGCUAAGGCCAAGUCCCAUCACCCCCACCUUCCCGGUCUAAACCAGUCAGGUUUAGGCUUCACUGACUACUUUCCCUCCAGACCUCACCCUCAUGCUGGCUUGCCCUUCUCUCCAGGACCCCAUGGUUUCCCGUCCCUCCCUCAUGGUUUCCCAGGUAUCUUUCCACCAUCACUGUAUCCGCGACCGCCUUUAUUACCGGCCAGUCCGUUGAUAAAGAGCCCGCUGGGCGGCAGCAGUCAGGAGGUGAAGUUGCCUCGGAGUCCCAUAGAUGCCCCUCCACUGUCUCUGGUUAGUUCCACAAAUAGCAAUGGAAUUAACAGUUUGAGUCAGCUGGAAGACAAGGAGAAAGAAAACAAACUGGAUUUGUCUUCUAGCGGAGAAGCCAAGCCAAAAUCUAAGAUGGUCGACAUGUCUGACGGCAGCGACCUUGAAGAUGUUAAUACCACGAGUGGGACGGAUUUGGACACCACCACUGGUACUGCUUCAGGUGACGGUUCUGACCUGGAGAGCGAAGGAGAGAGUGAACGUGAGCGAAGUGGUAAAAGAAGGAAGCCAUCUGGCACCGUGUCAAGUCAAGAAGGCCACCAGUUAGAAGACACGAACAGUGCGUUGAUAUCAGCCAUGUCUAGUUCAGGUAACCUCUCUGUCGAUCGUCCAUUUUUUGCUUCUGCAUCGUCCCAACACUCCUUCUUCCCUCCACCCGAUGAGCAAGCUCUCCCACCCACCACCACAAAUGCCAGUGCAGCCACCACUGAUUCCAUCAAAGCCAUCGCUUCUAUUGCUGAGAAAUACUUUGGUCCAGGUUUGAUUGGACUUCAUCAGGAGAAGAAGAUGGGUCCACUGCCCUACCAUUCCAUGUUUCCCUUCCAGUUCCUGCCCAACUUCCACAACUCCCUCUAUCCCUUCGGCGCUGAUCGAGGCGGUCUCAAUCCUAGCAUGUUCUUCAAGGCAGAGCCCAAGUCACCUCGAGAGCAGCUGCACAAGAUGACUUCUAGUUCCCCGGCAGCUCCAGCUCCCACGGCGGAGUCACCGUUUGAUCUCACCACAAAACCCAAGGAGGCUAAGUUAGCUCCUCCAACCCCAACAAACCCCUCAAACCCCAACAGCAGUACUGGGAGCAGUAGUGGCCCAUUAGCAAUAUCAAGCAGUGAAGAGCAGCCAUUGGACCUCAGCAUUGGCAGCCGGAGCCGAGGCGGUCACAAUGGCGUGCCGGCUGAGCCACAAAAUCGAAAGAACCACAUCUAUGGAGUUGGAAAGGGGGUCUCCAUCAAAGACGAAUCUCAGUCUGGUUUCCCACACCCCCAUUCCCAGUCGUUGCACCAAUCCUCCAUCACCCAGCACCAGCAGGCACAGCCACACCAGCCGCCGCCCCUGCACUACGCCAAGCCCUCGGCAUUCUUCAUGGACCCUAUAUACAGCAGGGUGGAAAAGAGGAAGCUACUCGACCCCGUAGGAGCUCUGAAGGAGAAGUUCCUCAGGCCCUCGCCACCCCUCUUCCAUCCACAGAUGUCAGCCAUGGAGAAUAUGACAGAGAAGCUAGAGAGCUUCGGCGCCCUAAAACUGGACGCGCCGCCCAAUUCGCUGCAACACUCGGCCCAUCCACUGUUCAAUUUCCGCUCGCCGCCGCCUUCCCUCUCAGACGCCAUCCUGCGCAAGGGCAAGGAACGCUACGCCUGCAGGUACUGUGGGAAAAUCUUCCCGCGAUCAGCAAACCUCACCAGACACUUGCGGACACACACAGGCGAACAGCCCUACAGGUGUAAAUACUGUGACCGCUCGUUCAGCAUCUCAUCCAAUCUCCAGCGCCACGUCCGCAACAUCCACAACAAGGAGAAACCCUUCAAGUGUCACCUGUGCAACCGCUGCUUUGGUCAGCAAACCAACCUCGACCGCCAUCUCAAGAAGCAUGAGCAUGAGAACAUUCCUGUGAGCCAACAGUCCGGGAUGCUUUCCAACUUAGGAACCACCAUCUCCUCGCCAAACUCAGAGCCAGACAAUCAUGCACUUUUAGACGAGAAGGAGGACUCCUACUUCUCAGAAAUCCGCAACUUCAUUUCCAACAGUGAGAUGAACCAGGCCUCCAGCUCCACGGAUAAGAGGUCGGACCAGCCUGAGGAGGAGCGCCCGCCCAGCCACAGCUUGUCCAACUCCAAGCUCGGCCUCCAGGCGAUGGAGGAGGAAGAGGAGGAGGUGGAGGGCGACGACGAGGAAGAGGAGGAAGGCAGCCUGACGGAGAAGUCUCACGAUGAAGCACCCGAGUCCCCGUCUCCGGUCACGACGGGAGCGUAUGAAGAGGACGAGGAGGAGGAUGAGACGGCUCCGUUAGCGAUGAGCUACGAACACACUCGCAGGUGUAUAGAGGAGGAGGGCUCUCUCCUGGACCUGGAGGGUCUGCCCAGCUUUCCCAAGAGCCUGGAUGGUUUGCGUAAAGCAGCCAGUGACGAGCAGCCCUUUGACGUUAAAGACAUAUUUAACACUUCACUAGAGUCUGAGGCACUGAAAGAGACUUUGUACAGGCAGGCUAAAACCCAGGCUUAUGCAAUGAUGCUGUCUCUCUCGGAGAACAACCCUUUGCACGCGCCCUCCCAGAACUCUCUGGACGCUUGGCUGAGCAUGGGAGGCGGACCGUCUGAGACGAGCAGCUUUCACCCACUCAACCACAUCUAGGCGAGAAAGAGAGAGAACAGGUGGGAGGAAGAGUAGGAGGAACAUUAGUUUUGCAAACGGAUAGAAACAAGAGAACUGACUGGACACGAGUAGCGGAAGGAUGUGGAGGCCAGAGGAGAAUUCAUUGUCACAUACAUUCAAGAUAGAAAGAGUGAGUUUGCGUGAAUCUGUGUGUGUUUAUUUGUUUGUUUGCGAGUGUGUGUUUGUGUACGAGAGAGAGAGCGGAGGGGAAGGAUUGUCCCGAGGCAAGACUCUGUCAAAGAGAAAGCACUGCUAAGCUCCUGUUGAUGUGAAGGACACGAUGAAUGCUUCUCACUAGCAUUGAAACUCUGCAUUACUCUGAUCCUCCCCAAGUGCACAAGGCUGACUGCAGCCCCACAGAGAGCCUGCAGCCCCACAGAGAGCCUGCAGGAGGCUCUCAUGAAGACACUUAACGACUGAUACGUCUCUAAAGUCUGUGUACACCGCCUACUGCAAACGUUGCAGCCUCAGCACUGCAUUGGCACUGCAUGUCCACAAGGUGGCGCUGUUUCACCAGGAACACGGUGGGCGUGUGCACACAACUGUCUCCAGGUUUCCUGGCCAGACAGAAGUGACUCAUUCGCUGACCUUGUUUCAGUUUUUACAGCAGAAUCAACAUUAGCACCACAUGUUACGUAUGGAACUGACAGAUCCUGUAGACUGUUGAUUUUUGAAUGAUUACACAGAGAAUGAUGUUCAAAUGUGCUUUUAAUGAGCUAUCUGGGCCACUAGCCAUCGUAAUUUGGUUACUCAGUUUGAUCACGCUGAAAAUGAAUUGAAAUCACACUCAAAAAAAUGAGGAAAGUCUUUCUCUGCUUGCUUAUUUCAUCGUCAUUUGUUAAUUUUAUUUACUUUCUUUCCUCUUAGAUACCACAGUAUUGUUUCUUUGUAGGCACCACAGUGCUAAAUUGUUAAUAUAAUUAUUUUAGAGAAGGACCAAAAUUGUAUGAUAUUGUCAUAUGAUGUACAAAAUAACCUAGAUGUUCAUAGCAUGAGUGGUAUGUGCCAAAUAACCCAUAGAAAAUGUUUUGUUCUCUGACAAUCAUUUCAUUUCCAAGGGGCUUGCAUUUGCUGUCAUAGUUUUUUUUUUCUUAUUACGCGCUUAUAUAUUUGAUUUCAGAAGUGUGUGUAUGUAUUUAUUUUUGGUUGUUUUGUCAUGACUGGAGGAGUGAAAAUGAAGAAAAGUCAUUUGUCCCUCUUUUCUCGUUGCUGAAGGAAUGAACACCUAUCAGAAGAUGAAGGAGAUUCUGAAUCUCUGGUUUUGAUGGGUUAGUGUGCCAAAAUGGAGAGAACCCAUGAAAUUCAUUGUUUUUAUUUAUAGUGAAAGAUAGCUGUAGUUAGUUUUAGAACUUAUUUGGCAUUGAAACGUCCUGCAGUGUUUAGUCUUUUUUUCUUUUUUGUCUUGUUUCAGUUCAACCAUUUUACCCAGUAGGCUGAAUGUGUCUUGUUCCAAAUGAUUCAAGUAUUAUUGGGGGGCAGACUUGGACACCUUUCACUAUGAAUGUCAGAAAAAGGGCAUUACGUCGUCACACGGUUGAAUCUGACUGCUUUCUACAACAUCAAGCUCCGUUUUCCCCUCUUGCUUAACAUUCGAUAUGUGUAGUGUAACCAAUGAAAAUUCUUUUUGCAAUGAGUUGUCCAAUAUUACACGGUCCAAAAGUGGAGAACACACACACACACAUGCACGAUGAACAUGACAGAAUCACUGGUUAUGCAAGAAGAAAGGCAAGGACUGAAACCAAAACCAAAAGAAGAGAGUAAACUAAUCCACAGAUAGUAUUAAAAUGGACAUCAUAAUUCUGCUGGUCGGUCUAUCACGUCAUAAAGACUGUCUUGUUGAUUCUGGACAGGGAGAACAGAAACACUUGAUGACUGCUUCAGUUUAAAUCCCUGUUGUUCCUCUGAGAUCGUACUGAAGACUCAUUCCAUGCGGUCUACCAGGUAGCUGUGCCAUGGAGGGUCAUAUACUGUAGAUAGCUGCAGGAGGCGAGCAUUGUUGAUCACUGUUCCUCCCUGCACACUGGGACUUUCAGAACUAGGCCUGAUGCUGUAUUUUCAAACUAGCACUUAAACCAUAUUGGGUCCAAGCCAUACAUCGAUCAGGCUUAGGUCUCCAGAAGGCAGAUGCAUUUUCCAACUGGUUUCAACAGACGAGCAGGUUGUGCUCAACACAGAGAGAUAAGAAGAACAUAAGCACUGUAAUUUUUCUUCACGACAGCAGGUGGUAGUGUGAUGCUUGGACUGCUGCAUCAUCUCAUUUUUUCUAAAGACAGAAGUCUUUUUUAUAAUUCUACUGAAUGAGAUUCCAUUCACGGUAAACACGUUGUUUUACCACUUGUGGUUACAAAAUGUAAAGACUCGGGUCACUAAGUUUUUAGGUUGACUAUAUGUAGUAAUUCAUGUCAUGGACUACUGUAAUAAGUACGCGCUGUGUAAAGCAAAGGAAUUGAAGGCAUUGAAGGUUUUUUUUUUCCAUUUUGCCAACUUCAGCCUGGCAGAUGGUCACUGAAAUAUGUUUCAGCAUAAUAGAACAUGGUUGCUGUUUGCCCCCACUGUUACAGGAGAAAGUAAAAAAUAUACAUUGUUUCUUUUUAACUGUAUAGUAUUUUAAAGAAUGAAAAACAAUGGUGCAUUUGUCUGAAGAAAAAAUCAUUGAAAAAUAUGGGUUUAAAUGGAUGGUGCUUGUUUUGUUUAAAUCUGAGUUGUGUAUCGCCUCUGUUAUGUUUAUUGAAAACAAACAAAAAAAGUUAUUGUGCAUGACGUGUUUAGCAGUCAUAAUGAUGUCCAUUUGUGAAAUGUGUAUCAAAUCAAAAAAUGAGGAAAAAAAAAGAAAAGUAAAAAAAAUAAUAAAUCCGUAGAUGCACUUAUUGUACAUGUGGCUAGGUUUAGUAGGUUUGACUUCAAGUUCUGACUGCCUUACGGUGUUUGGGCAGGUGGUUCUGAAAGACAUAGAGAGGACUUUUGGGAGAAGACAUAAUGAAAAACAAUAAAGGAUUGUAGAAUAAUAUUGAACAAUUCUGAAAUUGCAGUUCUUUUGAUGCUUGUGAUUAUUGCAGAUGUACUUUAGAGAAAUUUCAUUGAAAAGAUAUGACUCUGAUGUUAAUUCUGUAGAAUAGCAAUGUAUACCAAAUGUAAUCUUUCCAAUGCUAUGAAGAAUUUAUACAUGAAAUUGAUAUGCAAUAAAACCUGUGUGCUUUUUAA